UAUAACGCAGCUGUCAUAAUCCACACAUGUACGAAAAUUUAUAUCCAACGAAUUUCUGCGUGAGGAAAUGGAAAGUGUUCCUGGAGUUUUAUGAAGGAUUAUUCACCAUUGAUUUGACAACAACAGCUGAUAAUUUUGUGGCCUUAUGUAUUUGUGAGAAUUUUUUAAAUGGACGACACGAUGACGACAUUUCACAGCAGUAAAAGACUGAUGAAUGAGAUUUGCCGGUUAUGUCUGAAGCAGGGGAAUGGAAUGCCUUCGAUAUUCGAUGAAAUUGAUCAAGACACUCAUAUGGCAGUACUUGCUGAAAAAAUAACAUCAAUUGCACGUGUAGACAUUACUCCGACUGAUGGUCUUCCAACAUCAAUAUGUCACAUGUGUCGACGACAGGUGAAUCAAUUCCACGAUUUUCGUCUACUAGUGGAGAUGUCCGACAAGGCCCUUCGUUCUUGCUUGAAGACUGCCCAGUUGCCGGAUCAACCUGGAGAUAUGGAGAUGAAUAUGUUUAAAGAUAUGACAGAUAACGAGUACAAAGACAUUUUGGAAGACGAGAACGACGAAUUCAAUAUGAAAGACAUAAUGAAUUAUGCAUUAUUGGUAUCGACUAACGAAGGGCUUCAGGUCUGGAAGAUCAAUGACCUGGAGGAAAGCCACGAGCACGAAAAACUCAUGAAAUCAGAGUGUCCAGUAGCAAAAAUAAAUAAAGACGAAUUGAAAAGACUGCGAGGUGAUAAGACAUUUCACAAUAAAUCCUACGAGGAAGAACUUCAACUCCAGAAACCCUGUGACUUCGAUAACGAUCAAUCAUUCCUGAAUGACAUGACAAGCUGUCAAUUGUGCUUCAGUGAAUUUGAGUCCGUGGAGGACCUGAAGAAUCACAUAACCGAGCACUGCUUUUCCUCAGAGAAUGAAAUCCUCGAGGAUGGCGUCACCAGCAGUAAACAGACAGUUUCACUUGAAUCUUUCAUUGAAUCUGGUGAUAAAAUAUCUACCAGUGUAUCAACUUUAUCCUCGAAAAAGCUGAACAAGUCCCAGAGAUCGAAAUUAUUCAAGUGUCGUUACUGUAAAAAAUCAUUCAGCAAAUUAAUACUGAAAAAACAUCAUGAGAAAUGUCAGGUGAAGGAGGAGCAAUUGAUUUGCAAUGAGUGCGGAAUUAAAUUCACCAAGAGAUCUGAGUUGAGACAUCAUAAAGGAACCCAUGUCACUUCGCCCAUGAUGUGUUCAACUUGUGAUAAAGUAUUUCGUAACGUUCAGUCAUUCAAAAUGCACGUGAAAAGGCACACACUGGGAAAUCGAUUCAACUGCACAACAUGUGGCCAGAGUUACUACACCAAUUCUGAAUUAGCGAGGCACGUCCAGAAACACGAGGAUAAACGAAAAUAUCCCUGUCAUCUGUGUGCUACGUCAUUUCUAUCGAAGCCAGAAUUAAAUAGACACAUGAAGUAUCAUAAUGGAGUUAAGAGAUUUGAGUGUAAUUUGUGUUGCAAAUCAUAUUACGAAUCAGGACACUUGAAGGUACAUCAGAGAGUUCAUACCGGGGAACGACCAUUUGUGUGUCAGCUCUGCAACAAGGGAUUUGUCACAAGAUCUAAAUUAGCGAGACACACCAAGAUACAUAAGAAGGAAGAAAGUCUCAGUUGAUUCUGUAUUAUUUUUAUGAAGCAUUCUGUAUAUACGAUAUUUAUACAUGGCAUGGUCAUAUAUUUUUUAACAGCUAAUAAAAUUGAGAGAUAAUUCCAUUUUUUAAA